AUGGAUGUAAGAUUAUUUACCAAAGACGAAGGAAAUUAUAUUCACGUUUUGUGGCAACUUCCGCAAUAUUUUAUUAUGAGUAUAGCCGAUAUUGUAUUCGUGACAACUGAAAUGAAAUUCAUAUUUACUGAGGCCCCAAUAAGUAUGAAGUCGUUCAUAGCCUCUUUUAAAUUAUUGACAAUUGCACUUGGAAGUUUAUUGGUCAUUGUCAUUUCAAGCAUGUCGUUCAAAAAUCAGGCACACGAAUUUCUACUAUAUUCUGGUCUUAUGGUUGCUGACACGUUAUUAUUAGGUUACUUCAGUGUGGUUUAUCGGAGUAAAAAUACCAAUAUAACUGACGCAAUGACACCGAAUGAGAACAAAAUAGAAGAAACUACUGUUGUCAACUAA